AUGUCAGAUUGGAAAUCUAAAUAUAUGAUCCUGUGUUUUUUUCUGGCUUUGAGUUUGUCUCUUCAACAGUUUGGAUCCAACGCUCAACUCAUACCACAAGAUGAAGUGAAUUCUCUACAAGCAAUUUCAGAUAAACUAAAGAACGUGAACUGGAAAGUCACAGAACGUUCUUGCAUUGAUGGUAGAGGCUUUGAUAAUGAUAAUGUAGAUGAUGAUACAUUGAGGAAUGUCACAUGCGAUUGCACUUUCCAAAAUAAAACUACUUGCCAUGUUAUUAGCAUCUUUCUAAAGGGACAAAAUAUAGCUGGAGUCAUGCCUAGUGAAUUUGGAGAUCUUACUCAAUUGAAAAUAUUUGAUCUUACACGGAACUAUCUCGACGGCUCGAUUCCUACGAGUUUUGCUAACAAAACUCUAGUCGUUUUGUCACUUUUAGGAAACCGAUUAAGUGGUCCAGUUCCCGCAGAAAUUGGUGAUAUUACUAGCUUGGAGGAUUUGGUCUUAGAGAAUAAUCAACUUGGAGGACCACUUCCUGCUAGUCUUGGAAAUUUGAGCAACUUGAAGAGAUUGCUUCUUUCUUCGAAUAAUUUUACUGGCACGAUACCGGAAUCAUUUAGCGAACUAAAGAAUCUCACUGAUUUUCGCAUCGAUGGAAGCAGUUUAUCUGGACAGAUACCUAGUUUUAUUGGGAACUGGACCAAGCUUGGGAGAUUGGAUAUGCAGGGAACAUCUAUGGAAGGUCCAAUUCCCUCUACCAUAUCUGAGUUGAAACUUUUGACUGAGCUGAGAAUAAGUGAUUUGAAUGGACCAACUAUGACAUUUCCUAAUUUGAAGGAUUUGAAAAACUUGCAACUACUGGAGCUGAGAAAUUGCUUAAUCACAGGUCCUAUUCCCGACUACAUUGGCGAAAUGACAAACUUAGUUACUUUAGAUCUAAGCUUCAAUAUGUUUACUGGUUCAAUCCCGAAUUCAAUUCAGGGAUUGAAAAGACUAAAUUACAUGUUUAUGACUAAUAAUUCUUUGAGUGGAGUGAUUCAAGAUUGGAUACUGAACUUCAAAAUUAACAUAGAUUUAUCUUACAACAAUUUUACAAAGUCUUCUGCAACUAGCUGCCAGCAUCUGAAUCUGAACUUGGCUUCGAGUUAUUCGUCUUCAGCGGUCACUUCACCUUCAACGUUUUGUUUGAAGAGGAACCUUCCUUGCCCAGGAAAACCUCAAUAUGAUUCAUUGUUCAUAAAUUGUGGAGGACCAGAAGAAGAUUUUGAUGGAAAUCACUAUCAGGGAAGUUACAAAGUGAAGCUCCACUUUGCUGAGAUAAUGUUUUCUGAUGACCAGACUUUUAAAAGUCUCGGAAGGCGCAUAUUUGAUGUUUCAAUUCAAGGUUUUAAAUAUUUGAAAGAUUUUAACAUUGUGGAAGAAGCUGGUGGAGUUGGAAAGGGAAUCACUAAGGAAUUCGAUGUUGAAGUCAACGACAACACGUUGGAAAUUCAGUUAUAUUGGGCAGGGAAAGGAACCACGGCCAUUCCUGACAGAGGUGUAUAUGGACCUCUUAUAUCAGCUAUCACAGUAACACCAAACUUUAAAAAUCAUUCAGAAGGAAUGUCCGCUGGAGUUAUUAUUGGAAUUGUGGCUGCCUCAUGUGUGCUUGUCAUACUCAUAGUCGUUGCCCUUUGGAAGAUGGGUUUCCUUUGUGUAAAAGAUCUAAGAGACAAAGACCUUCUUGAUCUUAAAACAGGUUAUUUCAGCUUGAGACAAAUUAGAGCAGCUACUAAUGACUUUGAUCCUGCGAAUAAGAUUGGCGAAGGGGGUUUUGGACCAGUGUUCAAGGGUGUGCUGUCAGAUGGUGAUGUCAUUGCUGUUAAGCAGCUAUCCUCCAAAUCAAAGCAAGGGAACCGCGAAUUUGUUAAUGAAAUUGGAAUGAUAUCUGCUUUGCAGCAUCCGAAUCUUGUUAAGCUCUAUGGCUGUUGCAUUGAAGGAAAGCAGUUGCUACUGAUAUAUGAAUACAUGGAGAACAACUGUCUUGGCCGUGCACUUUUUGGUCAUCAGGAACAGAAGCUGCACUUGGACUGGCCAACUAGAAUGAAGAUAUGUCUCGGUAUAGCAAAGGGAUUAGCUUAUCUUCACGAAGAAUCAACACUGAAAAUAGUACAUAGAGACAUUAAGGCAACUAAUGUAUUACUUGACAAGGAUUUGAAUGCCAAGAUCUCUGACUUCGGUUUAGCCAAGCUUGAUGAUGAAGGGAACACCCAUAUCAGUACACGGGUAGCUGGAACAAUUGGAUACAUGGCUCCAGAGUAUGCUAUGCGGGGUUACUUGACUGAUAAAGCAGAUGUAUAUAGCUUUGGAGUUGUAGCUUUAGAGAUUGUUAGCGGAAAAAGCAACACAAAUUUCAACCCAAUGGAGGAGUUUGUAUAUCUUAUGGAUUGGGCCUAUGAUCUCCAAGAGCAAGGACGCCUUAUGGAGCUGGUGGAUCCAAAUCUUGGUUCAAGGUACUCCACAGAGGAGGCCAUGAGAAUGCUGAACUUGGCAUUGUUAUGCACUAACACAUCUCCCACUCAUAGACCAUCCAUGACAUUGGUAGUAAGCAUGCUUGAAGGAAAAACUCGAAUCCAAGCGCCAGUAAUCAACCGCGGUGAGAGGGGCCACCAUGCAAGACUCAUAGCCUCGGAGCUGUUGUCAGAAGAUAGUCAACCUCUUGAUUCUUCUACAUUUUCACACGAAAGCAUAGAUGGAAGACAUGGAUCAUCAAAUGGACCAUGGGUUCCCACCUCCAUAUCUCUUCAAAGUAAAGAUGAUUUUUCUUCGAGCAGUAAACUUCCUUGA